AUGCAAUCCCCUACUGAUUAUCAUUAUCGGGCUGUUCAAUAUGUUCUUAGGUACAUAAAAUCUAAACCCUCAGAAGGAUUGUUCUAUUCUGCUAACUCUCCAAUACACCUAAAAGCUUUCAGCGAUUCGGAUUGGGCAACCUAUCCCAAUACUAGGAGAUCUACUACAGGGUUUUGUGUUUUUCUUGGUUCAUCCCUUGUUUCAUGGAAAUCCAAGAAACAGAACACUGUUUAUAGGUCCUUUACUGAGGUAGAAUAUCGAGCACUAGCAACUACUACGUGUGAAAUACAGUGGAUUAAAUAUCUUUUAAAAGACCUACAGGUUCUAGAAGUUGGAACUAGAACUUUGUACUGCAAUAAUAAAUCGGCCAGACACAUAGCUCAUAAUCAGAGCUUUCACGAAAGAACCAAGCAUAUAGAGCUUGAUUGCCACGUUGUUCGUGAGAAGGUACAUGGAAAUCUUCUGCGUCUUCUUCCCGUAUGUUCGGACGAGCAGCUCUCCGACAUAUUCACGAAGUUUCCUCAUCGCUUCCGGUUCAGAUCGAUUGUUCCCAAGCUUGGAUUAGUAAUUGUACAUCAUCCAACUUGA